AUGGCUGACUUCACCAACACCCUCCGACCAGCCGACCCCCAAGGGCCGGAGAUCCUGUCUCAAGAAAGAGCCGGGUCCGACGUCAACGUCAACCAACUCGCGACGCAUCUCCUGUCCCGAAAUGACUUUCUACAGCGCCAGAAGAAGAUCCUAGCCAUCCUUGAGGGGAUCCCGAUCUUCUGCAAGAGGAACCAACUCAACAUGGCCCGUCCUGACCGAUACCAUCUAGGACUCGCGCGUGCAAAGAUGCUUCGGAGACUGUCGCUGAAGCACGGCUGGGAUCGCGACGACUACAUCAUGGCCGACUACUUGAUGGACGAGAUGGGUCCGUACGCGCUACAAGCGACCAUGUUCGCAACAUCGAUCCGCGAGCAGAGCAACGACCAACAAAAAGCGUACUGGUUGCCCAAAGUGGAAAACUGGGAAAUCAUAGGCUGCUACGGCCAGACGGAAUUGGGUCAUGGCAGCAACGUCAAGGGCAUCGAGUGCGAAGCUCGCUGGGACCCGGCAACAAAGGAAUUUAUCAUCCACAGCCCGACCAUCACGGCGAGUAAAUGGUGGAAUGGGGCUUUGGGCCGCACGGCCAACCAUGCGAUUGUGGUUGCGCAGCUGCUGUUGCCGGAGAAAACAGGAUUAAAGUCCAACUCAAACUCAGGCACGGCCAACAACUACAAGUAUAAAUCAUACGGCCCGCACCAGUUCAUCGUGCAGAUCCGCGACAUGAAAACCAACAAACCUCUUGACGGGAUUGUCAUAGGAGACAUUGGCCCCAAAUACGGCUACCCGGCCAUGGACAACGGGUACAUGCUGUUCAAGCACUUCCGAGUCCCGCACUCGGCCCUGUUGGCCAGGUACUCUGGAGUCGACGCAGAUAGCGGGAAGUACAUCAAACCAGAAAACCCGGCGGUGGUGUACGGAUCUUUGACAUUUGUACGGGCGCAGAUCGUCAUGCACGCCCGUCUGGUGCUUGCUCGAGCAGUCACCAUCGCUGUGCGAUACCUUUCUAUUCGUCGACAAUUCUCGGAUCGGGACUCGAAAGGCGGGCCCGAGCAGGCCGUGCUCAACUAUCCUACAGUGCAGAUCCGGAUUCUGCCCCUUUUGGCAACCACCUUCGCUCUCCACUAUACCGGCGAAGCAAUGUACAAACUAUACUACGGGACCCGCGAAGCAAUCGAGACGAGUGGGGACUUUUCGCGGCUAGCGGAAAUGCAUGCCGCCUCGUCGGGUCUCAAGUCGCUGUGUACCACGCUCGCCGCGGAUGGCAUCGAGACGUGCCGUCGCGCCAUGGGCGGACAUGGGUUCGGCGGCGGAAGCGGCAUGAUCGCCCUUAACAACGAGUAUCUCUCCAAACCGACCGUCGAGGGCGACAACUGGAUGAUUACCCAGCAGACCGCGGCAUAUCUCAUCAAGCGCAUGACUGAAGUGGUCAAACACCCCGAAUCCGAGCCAAAGGAGACGGUCGAUGUGCAGUUCCAGCAGUUUUUGGCUAGGAACAAACAAUCUAAAACUCCCGCUGAGUACGAUCUAUUCAACAGUACCGACGAUGCCUCAGGCAUAGUCGGCGCAUUUGAGCAUAGAGCAUCCUAUCUCGCCUACCAAGCCUAUCAUGCCCGAGUGGUCCAGAAACAACCGUGGACAAGCAUGAUGAUCAGUCUGCAUCGUCUCAGCCGCGCCCACUCUGAAACCUUACUCGUGUCCAACUUCCACCAUGCGGUUUUCCAGACCUCAAGACCCGAUCCGCCGCUCGACAAUGCCACGUUGCGAGUCAUGAGGACUCUGUUCCGCCUGUUCGCGCUGUACACGCUCGAUGUCUCUGCGUCCGAGUUCUUGUUGUCCGGCGCAAUCACGCUGCAACAAUUGCAAGCUGUCAUGCCGACAAUACAAAAUCUCAUGACUGACGUCAGGCCUCAUGCCGUCCGUCUGGUCGAUGCUUGGUCCAUCCCGGAUUAUUUGCUCGAGAGCGCGUUGGGCAGUUACGAUGGUGAUGUCUAUAAUCGGUUGUUCCGUAAGGCGCAUUGGGAAAACCCCUUGAACCUCGUCACGUUCAAUCCGGAUUGGAGGAACGAGGAGGUCGUCAUGGGCGAGGGCGCCGAGAAUGCUAGGAGGCGCUUGGAGGAAUUGGCCCUGGGCGUGCAGGGUCACGAACAGGCUGGAAAGGGUGAUGUCAAGGCCAAGUUGUAG